AUGGUGCAGAUUGGAAAUUGCUCUAUCCCUACUGAUUUCCAGAUUGUGGAAAUGAGAGAGAGUAGCCAUAGACCUCUCAUAUUUGGAACCCCUUUCCUGUCUACUGUGGGUGCCAUAUUUGAUUUCCCCAAUCAAAGAAUCUCUUUCAACAAGGUGAACAAGGGUAUGUUCUUCCCUAUGUGUUCAACAAAGAACUCUUUUGUUGACAUGGUCCAAGAGGAGAAAGUUACUUUGAAGCCACCCCAAGAAGGAGAAACUGAAGAAACAAUCAAGGAAGAUCCCAUUCCUAAGCCCAAGCAGCUUGCCAAACAAGCAAGGAGUAAGACUAAGGCCCCUACACCAAAACCGCCCAAGGGAUCAACCAAGAUUGAAGAUGAGGCCAAGCCAAGAAAGAAGGUUAGAAGCCUAGGCAGUAGUGCCAAGGGACAUUCAUGGAGAGAUUGUCUAUCCAGCUGUGAAUCACCCACCAGAUACUCAUUGCAAGGAGAAAAGACUUGGAGGAUCAAGGAUGCCUCUUGUCUCUAUCUUCUCCUAAGUGCCAAGCCUUACAGUCAAGCUAAAGACUUAAAACAAGCGCUACAUGGGAGGCAACCCAUGAGGAUAGAAGGAGAAAAAGGUGUGAAACACAAUCCGCGCCAAAACAUUGGCCGCGGACGCGCAAAAGUAAUUUUGGCCGAGCAAUUCUCAUUUUGGCCGACCGUCACGGUCGAGCCGGGAAAGAAUAGCUCGUGCUCGGCCGAGUUUACUCUAAUUGCGCGACAGAAACCGUUCACGCGGCACGCACGAACCGGGAAGAAACGAGCCGCGAUCGGCCGAAAUUUUCGUAUCGGAACGGACCGACCGUGCCGGUCGAUCCGGGAAACAUCGAUCGGCCUCGGCCGAAAUCUCUCGGCCAAAACAAAAUUUGGCCGACCAAAUCGCUCGACCGCGAUAAACCCAUCGGCCAUCGGCCAAAAUUUUCUUGGCCAAGGUAAGUCCCCUUUUCAUUUAAUUCAAACCGGUUUUAACCAAUUCUAA